AUGGUGGCAGCCUCCGUUCUGAUGGUCCUCGGCUGGUGGCUGGUGACGCCAAGUGGGGUGCAGGAAAUGCCCAGACCCUUUUUGUCACUGCACCCCAGCCAAGAGGUGGCCCUUGGGGACACGGUCACCCUGCGGUGCCGCGUGCCCCGAGCGGGGGUCUGGGUUGUGAUCUUCAAGGAGGGAGACGGGAAGUACCAAUGGCAGCAGCAGGAGGAGGAGGGCACGGCCGAGGUCCCCUUGCGAGUGACAACGCAGGGAUUUGCUGGGAGAUACCGGUGCGGAUACGAGAUCCCGGCGUUGUCCCGGUACUCGACGUUGAGCAACCACGUGGAUCUGGUGGUGCUGGAUCCCACCUACCCGCCUCCCACGAUGUCCCUGACCCCCAGCACACGCGUGGGGACAGGGACCAAUGUCACCAUCCGGUGCCAGUCCACGCACGGGGCCACCUUCCUCCUGCACAAGGCGAACGGCUCCGUCCCCAUCCAGCACCAGCGUCUUGGCGGGGGUGACACGGCCACCUUCACCAUCCCCAGGGGGACCCAGGCUGACGCUGGCACCUAUGGGUGCUCCUACCGUCCCCGAAGACGCCCCUUCAUCUCCUCAUGUCCCAGGGCGGAGGUGACACUGGAGGUGGCACCUGGGGGGUUCGGGACACCCUCCCCACCACCAUCAUCCCCAGAUUUCACCCUGGCCAACGCGGUGCGCCUGGCGCUGGGCGCAGCGGUGCUGCUGCUGCUGCUGCUGGUAGGAGCUGAGGCCCUGCAAGCUCAUCGCCGUGGGGGGACCUAG